GUCGCCUUUCAAGAGCGAAAACUAAAUUGUUGAAGCGUCAGUUACUGGAGGAAUUGUGAACCAAUUUCUUCAUAACCUUCAAAAUGGCAGUCGUUAAACGGCUUAAAAGAGACAAUAUGAAAAAAAAAGUCAAGAAAUCCGUAAUACCUUCUGAAGAAACUGAGCCCCCAAUGGUUACUGAGUCGGAAGCGACUAAUAAUGAAGCAGUGGAAAAGAGAACAGGAUUCUUUCGGAGACCAAAAUUUGGAAGACGUGUGACUUUUCUUCUAGGUGCGAUUAUAGGUAUCUGCGGUGCCUUGUUCUUUGCUGUUGGUAACGACAAUGGCAUUUUUGAUCCAACUGCCUUGGAAGCUUUAGGUACUAAGCUGGGAUCAUCAGACAUAUUCGAAGAUAUUAAAGGAUUUCUUUCGUCUCAUAUGUUUGACGAUACGGUAGUAAUGGAUUCAGGAAGUCGGGCGCAAGUAAACAACGAAGCUCAAGUAGGACUGGAUAUGCAUGCUGAAGGUUAUUCUUACCAUUAUCCUGUCAUUAUGACUCCUGGUGUUAUUAGCUCGGGCUUGGAAAGUUGGUCAUUCAACAAUUGCUCAAUUUCUUAUUUCAGGAAGAGACUUUGGGGAAGUUGGUCCAUGCUAAAAGCCAUGCUCCUUGAUAAACAAUGUUGGCUGGAACAUUUGAUGUUAGAUCCUAAAACUGGAUUAGAUCCUCCUGGCAUCAAGCUUCGAGCCGCACAGGGAUUUGAAGCAGCCGACUUUUUCAUUACCGGUUACUGGAUAUGGAGCAAAAUCAUUGAAAAUCUCGCAGCAAUUGGAUAUGAACCAAACAAUAUGCUAAGUGCUUCUUACGAUUGGCGGCUAUCAUACUCAAAUUUGGAGGAAAGAGACCGCUAUUUCAGCAAGCUUAAGUUAUUUAUAGAAUAUAGUAAAUUGGUACACGGCAGGAAAGUUGUACUUAUUUCUCAUUCCAUGGGAUCCCAAGUCACAUAUUAUUUCUUUAAAUGGGUAGAAGCUGAGGGAUUUGGAAAUGGAGGACCUAGCUGGGUGAAUGAUCAUAUUGAAACUUUUAUUAACAUUUCUGGUUCUUUAAUCGGCGCUCCCAAAACAUUAGCAGCCCUUCUAUCUGGUGAAAUGAAAGAUACUGCGCAAUUAAACCAAUUUUCCGUAUAUGGUUUAGAGAAGUUUUUUUCUAGAUCUGAGAGAGCUAUGAUGGUUCGAACCAUGGGCGGCGUCAGUUCAAUGCUUCCGAAAGGCGGGAAUAUCAUUUGGGGGAAUACAAGCUGGGCUGCCGACGAGGAUGAUUCCGAAGAUUUAUCUAACGGUGUUAUGAUACAUUACAGAAAAGAUGCUGCCGAUCCUCAUUCACGAUUUGAUUCGGAACAAGCAUUCCAGUUCUUAAACAAUGUUACAAGUGAAGACUUUAGAAAUAUGCUUAGAACAAAUUAUUCACAUGGUCUAGCUUGGACUAAAGAGGAAGUGGAACGCAAUAACAAAAUUCCAGCCAAAUGGAUUAAUCCACUUGAGACAAGUCUUCCAUAUGCUCCAGAUAUGAAAAUUUUUUGUUUUCACGGGGUAGGAAAACCAACUGAGCGUGGAUACUUUUAUUCCCAAAACGACGAGGGACAUCCAGUGAUAGACUCCUCUGUAAAUGAUGGUACCAAAAUUGAAAGUGGAAUUGUUAUGGAUGACGGUGAUGGAACUUUACCAUUGAUGGCUCUUGGUUUUGUUUGUAAUAAAGCUUGGCGUACAGAAAGAUUUAAUCCUGCAAAUAUAAGCGUCGUCAAUUACGAGCUUCGUCAUGAUCCUGCGGCAUUUGACCUACGAGGAGGACCUCGUUCAGCUGAGCAUGUUGAUAUCCUAGGGCAUCCGGAACUUAACGAAAUGGUUUUAAAAAUUGUUUCAGGACACGGAGACGAGGUAAAGGACCAUCGUGAAUCUAAUAUUCUUGACAUUGUAAAUAGAAUCAAUUUGGACUAACCUGGAAAAUGAGAAAUCCUUAAACUGUUUCUAUAAAAAAAACAUUCAUUUCAUACAGAAAAUUAAUGAAAUUCAUUACACUAA